AUCGCAGAACUUAUUGGUAUGGCUGGGGGCUACAAGCUACAAGGCGACAAAUACCCUGUCGCUUGCGUCCCUGAGGCACAGCAGCGCUUAAACUUGAUGUACAUAAAUAGGCUAUGUACACUCUAGUUAUGGGUAUCCAAAUGAUCAUUUACUCUUUCUGCUUCCAUAAUUUCUAGAGUUUUUUUCGUCAUACAAUGCGCCUCUUUUUUGCAAACUUGUUGCGAAGGAAACGCGACCAACGCAAGCCUUCCUCGGAAGAACAGAAUGCACCUAAACCGCGAUCUAGGUCUCCGCUCCGGGCUCCAUGGCCACUGCCAGGCUCCAAUGAGCCUAUACCUCCAGUUCAUCCACAAUUCCAGUCACCCUUGAUCCGCAAACUAAGCCCCGAAUUUCGACUUUUGAUAUAUCAGUUCGCCCUUGGAGACCCCAGUGCACCCAUCCAUAUUUGCAAAAACACCACACCUGGCCUAUUCCGUCGUCAGACCCCAGUCAUGUCUUACCGCUGCAUAAACCCAUACUCGCCUUUUCCUACCUGGCAACAUUCUACAUGUUUUUUGGAGAAAAGAGGAUUCUACGAUGGUUACUGGCGAUCGGUCAGAGUAGAUUCUUUUCACACCAAUUGCAAAUUAUUUGACCUUCUCUUAACCUGCCGUCUCAUAUAUUCUGAAGCGCUAAAGAUCCUAUACGAACAUAAUAUUUUCGCGUUCAGGGAACCCGAGGUUCUAACAGCCUUCAAAGGGUUCUACUUGGAGCAGCAGUGGCUCUCUAUUCGGCACAUCAAACUGUCGGUCGACUUCUCUGCUCGCUUUUAUGAUGAAAUGUCACAUGACUAUAGUAGGUUUCGACCUCCAAGUUUGCUGCCUUGGCAAAAUUGUUGUCAAAGCCUCGGCCACAUGUCCAACUUGUUCUCAUUGACGAUUGAGAUUACGAUCAACGAGAACGGAUGCCAAUUGGUAGAAGGUGGUGAAGAAUUUAUAAUCACGACGAACGAGAUUCUAUCAUCAGAUCACAAGGAGAGCAGAUUUAACUUUGAACAAAUACUUACACCAUUGAUGGCGGUCCAUGCGCGUCGAUUUGUUCUAGAACUGAAUACAAAGAUUCCAGAUAGACUCCAGGCUGUAUUGGAAGCAGAGGGGAUUGAAUUAUCAUAUCCCCAAAGACCGCAGGACUUGGCAGUCUACUAUUUUCUAGUCCCAUCCAAUUUAUAAAUCGUAAUCGGUACUCUGGACGUCUUGCUACCAUUUCAUAUUCCUACUACCAAUCUCUCGGCUCCCAAUUCACUGGUGCAUCAAGUUUAUUAAGAACUCCACGACCGUCAAUGGCUUGAGGCCUCUCCCUAUCCGACAUCAACUUGCAACCUAGUCCGCGUUUCCUGUUCAACGUUUAGCGGCCAUUUUGAAUGCAACUCCAGCACACUCACUAUCUGGCCUCGCCAAUCCUGGUCUGUCGACAUAGUUACCUUUC